AAGUCGGAAUCCGUACUCUUCCUUAUUCGUUCGUUCUCUCCCUUAUCGAGGAGGAGUACCGAACCAAGCAAGAGCCAACCUGCACAGCGAACACUUAACAAUUACGCGCGCAUUUGUGACCGUAAGAUCCCCUCAUACUUCUCCUUGAAGCAACGGUUCUGAUUUCAUCUUCUUCCCGGAUCUCUCUUUCCUCUGUUUUCUUGUUCUUCUGUACAUUCUUCUCUCUGGUAUCCGUUUAUUUGAUUUGCUCUGUUUUGGAUUCAGCUCAGAUCCAUUGAUGCGAUCUCGUUGUGAUGCAGUCACAUCCUGAAAUAGCUUUGUUGGGGGUAAAAGUGAAACAGGAAGAAAAUGGCUUCAUUGAUACAACUGCAGGCCAUGUGGGUGGCAGUUUUCAGAGGCCUUUAGACGUUUCUUCUUCUAUGGAGGAUAGGUCUCCGGAGACAGGGCAUGAAGAUGCUGCCUCCAAUGAGAAUAAUUCUAAGCAGUUGGUUCUCUAUGAUCCUGGAGCUAAUGGUGAUGGUGAAAUCGAACCAGUUUCGGACCCUAUUCGAUGCUCAACGCUACCAUUAACAAGGCACUUGACACCACCUUCUAGAAUUUUGCCUUCCAUAUGGGCUUUUACAGUUCAAUGUGCCAAGUGUUUUAAAUGGAGGCUUAUUCCAACGAAGGAAAAGUACGAAGAAAUACGUGAACAUAUUCUAGAGCAGCCUUUUGUCUGUGAAGUUGCCCGUGAGUGGCGACCUGAUAUACAAUGUGACGAUCCAACUGACAUUUCUCAAGAUGACGGCAGGCUCUGGGCCAUUGAUAAACCUAAUAUUGCUCAGCCCCCUCCUGGGUGGCAGCGGCUAGUGAGAAUUAGAGGUGAAGGAAGCACAAAGUUUGCAGAUGUGUAUUAUGUUGCACCAUCAGGGAAAAGGCUUCGCUCUAUGGUAGAAAUCCAGAGGUAUUUAAUGGAACAUCCGGAGUAUAUGACAGAUGGUGUAACUCUCUCUCAAUUUUCAUUUCAAACCCCAAAGCCUUUGCAGGAAAAUUAUGUGAGAAAAAGAACUACUCGUGCCGCAGCUUCAUACGAUAAUACUAACCUUUUGGAAUCGGGUGAAGUGAGCCCCUUAUCAUGGGCUAGCCCAAAUUAUUGUGACCUGCAGCAUGGUAUGCCUGCACUUCCUCCACCACCAUAUUAUGAGGCUCGUUUUUUCGACCCUGUUGUUCAACCAUUGAAGAAACGAAGAAGAACACCACCGUCAAAACAAUUGUUGAACCAGGAUGCAAUCAUCCCCAACCCUCAAGUUAGAAGAGCAUGGCCAUUGUAGAGAUGUUGGUUGAUAUUUUGAGGCAUAAUUCUGACGGUUUUGGAAACUAGAUGUCCUUCGCUGGUCGUAUAUUUGGCUCUACAGUAAUGGAUUAUGCUACCAAGUACCAAGUGUGAGGGCUUCCAAGUAUUGUUGAUGGCAACGAACAAGUUGUUGAAGGUAGUGUUACAUGCUUGACUGUUGUCUUGUGUGAAAAAACAAUGCAGAAAAAAAUCUGAAAAUCUGUAAAUCUGUUUGUGUUCAUACCAGAAAUCUUAAUAUAUAAUAUCACUUGUUUAUAUUAGAUAGA